AUAUAUAUAUAUAUCUCUUAUCUCAGUAGAAUUUCUUAAAAACUCAACAGAAAAACAAUGGAUCUUAAGCUUGGUUUUUGUGUACUUCUCUCACUAAUUCUGCUGGUUACUUAUGGAACAGAAUCCAGGAAAAUUGUUGAAGGAAAUUCUGAAGACAAUCAUGAACAAGCAUUAAAAGAGAUUUAUGGUUCCGGAUACGUGUUCCGUUAUUAUAAAUCGAAACAGGGACCUGAUGAACACAAUCAUCAGGAAGAGAUCUCUGGUUUCGGAAACCCGUUUCGUAGUUGGUAUAAACAGGGCAGUGAUGAGCAACAGAUUUCAGGGUUCGGAGACCCGUUUCGUAGUUGGUAUAAACAGGGCAAUGAUAAACAAGUGAAAAAACAUGAUUCAUUUUUCUUCCUUAUGGAUGAUCUAAAAAUAGGGAAAAUAAUAAGUCUCUCCUUUGAAACACGAAGAAAUCUUACUUCUUUUCCGAUAAAAGAAGCCGAUUCUUUUCCAUUUUCACAAGAUAAAUCCAUGGAAAAUACAUUGAGAAUAUGCGAAGAUUCGCCUAUAAAAGGAGAGGCAAAAUACUGUGCUACAUCCGCUGAGGCAAUGCUUGAUUUCGUGCAAGGAAUCAUAGGAGAAAAAAAUAAAAUGGAAGCUCUUACAACGAUAACAAGUCAUGAUUUUUCUCCCCUGCUUCAUCGUUAUAUUAUUUUGGAUGCUCCACAGCGAAUUACCGCUCCUAAGAUGGUGGCGUGUCAUAUGAUGCCUUGCCCUUACGCGGUUUUCUACUGUCAUCACACAAUUAACAAUAAAAUCAAGGUGUUUAAGGUUUCAUUAGGGAAUAUUAAUGGUGAUCGACUAGUGGAAGCGAUUGUUGUAUGUCAUUUGGAUACUUCUGAAUGGAAUCCAUCUCAUGAAUCUUUCCAAACACUGGGGGUAUUACCAGGAACAUCACCUAUCUGUCACUUUUUCACAUCAGGUAAUGAUCUAGUGUGGAUUCCAAAAUCAAUUGCUAGUACUCGACGUGAAGCAACACUUUGAAGGAUCGAUAGGAGAAACUAGCUCCACCAUGUUCUUUGUUAUUGCGUAUGCGUCUACACAUAAAGUAAUGUGUUUUAAUUUAGGAUGUUCUUCGUCUGUUUUAGUGGAGAUCUACUCCGAUGCCUCUAUUAUCUAUGCUAACUGUCUUUGUUUAGUUUUAUUUAUUAUGUUUGCUUUUCUGUUUUUUCAGUAAACCUGUUGAGUAUGCUUUUGAUGAUAAUAAAUAAAAUAUGUUUGUCUUAAUUAAAA